GUGAAACGAAUGUACGAAAUUGUAAUGGCGGAAUGCAAAAAUGUGGAUAUUGGACAGAAGACUUUGUUAAAAACUGUGAAAUUUUUUAGGUAUAUCACCUUAUUACCUAAGUUAUGUGCGAAUCGAAGAAACUAAACAUGUGUUAUAUGUGAAAAGUGCCUGCCUAACGUUCGUGGCGUUAUCUUUUAUUUGGGUUCAAAAAAAUGGCCCCAUCUCCAGAAAACGAUAAUACACCUAAAGCACCCGAUAAAGGCGACAAGAAUAAGCCAGAGAAGCUCGCCCCUUCGGAGGCUAGUAAGGAAAACGAUAAGGACGAAAAGGCACUCAGCACGAGAGUGGCCCAACUGGCGCAAUUGCAUUUAGCUGGUAUCAAUCAGGAAAAGAUAAUUACCCUACCUGUAACUAGAGACCCGUACGCCUCCCGCUCUUUUACACAGUAUCAACUUUCCGGACAAUUCGUUAUCAGCAUAGCGGUUUACUGUAGAAAUUAUCUUUGGUUUCAGACUUUAUCUAAUUUGAACGAUGGGGAAUUGAAAGCUCUACUCGACGAGGCGAUCAACUACAAAAAUCCCAAAGACAGGGAAGGAAAGAGUAAACUUUUUAAGGAUUUGUUGAACCAAGCGGAAGAGAGCGAACGGAUCGCCCGGGCGACGAACGCCGGCGGUUCCGAGGUAGCGCGACACUAUAACACGUCGGCCGCCCGCCGCCACCACGGUCGACAGGGCGGCGGAGGCGGCGGCGGCGGCCGCCACCACGGCCGCCAUCGCAAGCCGUCCUCCAUAUCGGAGAACAUGAUGCACGGCGGCAGCUUGGACAAUUUGGCCAAAGAAGAGUUGUUCCUCGAAUCACCUCACUAUUUAGUUAAUAAGAUGAAGACCGUCAGCGCUAGGCAGCGAGAGGGAGGGAGUUUGCCUUGUGACGUUAAUUCUAGUGUAAUACCCGCCCAUGACUAUCAAUUUCUCGAAGAGGCCAAACGGAAUAAGGCCAUGAAAGACAAGAAAUCCUCGGCCACGGAAAACGAAUCCUCCUUGGAAUCGCAGAGGCUUUUAGAUCACGAUUCGUUGGCAGAAAAUUACCAGGAGACCCAAGAGAUCACAAUCGUACCCAGAUACACUUCAACUGCUACCCUUCAAAUUUCCGCCCAUCCUGUCGCCCCCGCAGCCGCCGUCGACGAUCCCAUUCCUCUGGAUUUGGACAGCGUGGUCGAGAGGAAGCCCUACGACGCCGAUUUAAUAUCCACGAAAGUGUUACAAACCAAAUACAACGUUUACAUACCGGCAUUUAAGGGCGAGGAAAGGAAAGUCGAUGAAAAUGGCAACCUCCAUCAAACUCCGAACCAAAAAACCAAGAAAAAGAAAACCCAGACUGAUAAAAAUGUAGUAGUUCUUACAGCCGAAAGUGUUGAAGGGCAUAGAAGUGAUAUAAUCAAUGACGUGGAUAAACUUAUUCAAUACGUUUUGGGCGAUAAGGACGAUAAUACCGGCGGCAAAGCGACCAAAUCGAACGUUCACAAAUCCAAGCAGCUCCACAAGCAACACGCUUCCGAAGACUCCGGUCGCGGAGGUAGCAGUUCCAGCAGCGCUGCUAAGAAACAACGUGCUCAUUCCUCGAAGGGUAAAGAGUCGAGGUCUGAGAUGAAAAAAUCGAAUUCCUUAGGCGAGAUAUCAACGGCAAAAUUGGACGAUUUUGCUUUCGUUACCAACGAGGAAGACGAUAAAGAAAGUAAUGUGGUGAUUAGGAGUAAUAAAAAUCAAUCGGAGCGGCCUAAAGAAAGGAGAUCUUGGGGUAACGUGGAACCACCAUCGUUUCAAAUCCUUUCGAGCAACGCUUCGACGGAUAAUUUGGAAACGGCCGAGAAUUGGGUGGUGAGCAAAACGAAAAAGAAGAGCAAAAGACGGCGCAACAGCGUGAGCAGCGGCAGCGGACGACGUCAGACGUCCACCGCCGACACGGAGGCGGCGAAGCAGCAUUCGAACAGGGCCCCGUCGCCGGACCUUCGCGGGAAAUCCGUGCCGCAUAGCGAGAAAUCCGAUUCUUCGGACGUCGAUUCGGUCCAUUCGCUGCCGAUCGAAGGCAUCAACAUGCCUAUAUCGUACGCGGACAUCGCGCGAACGGCCGCCGAGAAAAUCAAAGAGAAGAUAAAUAAAGUAGAUAAAGUGCCAAUUAAGGACAAAUCGACUAUUAACAAUAAAAUCGAGACUGAGUUGAACUAUAAUAGUAAAAAAGAGACUCGAGAAAUUCGGGAUAAACUCGUCCCUUCGAUGCCUACGGACGUGUCUCAAGCCAAAAGUGUUCCACCGCCCGACGUGAACGAUACGAAAAGUUUUCCCGCUAUGCCGGUUGAAUUUCACAAUCAAAAAACGACCGAUAAUAACCCAGACGUCGUUAAUUCCAUUUCAAAGACUUUCCCGCCUAACGUUAACGAUACCAAAUCAUUUCCCGCCAUGCCCAGCGAGGGAGCAAUCGCCAAGAAUUUCUAUUCGACACCGCCGGCGGAUGUUACAAUGGUGAUGAGUUUUCCCGCUGUCGCAACUACCAACAACAAGGGAUAUUCCGUGGAAAAGGCCAACGUCAGAAACGUUUCUAUUAGUGGAAGAGUUACGAACGAAUCGUCUGUACCUAAAUCCAAACCCACAUUGAAUAGUAAUAGUGCUGUAAUCAAUAACGCAAUUCCAGUUACUGCUUCUAGCACUGUCCCUUAUAAUGAUAUCCAAAAUGAUCUGUCUAUAAUCCACUCAAACGAAAAAGACUCGAUCCACUUGAAUGCUCACAAACUACCGCCGAAUAUCCCCGACGUCCAGACCAUCGAGAAGCUGCACUUUAUGAACUGCCAUCCGCAUAAACGUUCGAGUUCGUCGUCCGGCGCGGCCGCCGCCUGUCGUUACGCCGGCCAGCCGGACUCCGUUCGAUUGCCGUCGCCGAUCGAGAUCGACGGCCAACCGAAACGCCAAGACUGUGAUAUGGACGCGUCGACGGGCGUCGAAGAGGACGACGACGAGCGGCCGCCGCCCGUCGUCAUUUUGAGCGGCGUCGGCAACAAGGAGGUGACCGGUCUCGUGUUCGGUUUCGACGUGAACGAGCAAUUGUUGCAGGAGGACGUGUGCGAGGACUUUAUCGCCCGGUUCGUCGCUCCGCAGACGUUCUCUUCAUCGUCGCACAACCACGAAAAGAUUGUCAACUUUAUCGGAACGGCGUGGGAAGCGAUCGUAAAUCAAGCGAACGGUAAAGUGCAGUUCUACACGGAGGAAUCUUAAAAGAGGGAAACAGUGUAUGUGUUGGAAUAUCUUUAUUUGUUAACUUAACUAGUCAAAUCGAGAGCUGACUUUUCUGAAUUACAAAGAAAUUACUUAAAAAAAACGAACGAACUGAUUAACAGUGAAUUGUAAAUGAAUCUGUGCGGAGGAGGUGUAAAAAGUAUUAAAAAAAACUGCUAGCUGCAGAUCCGUCGGGAGCAAAACCAACGUAGAAAAUCUCGAAUUUUCCGCGGUGAAAAAGACGUUGUUGACCAACAGUAAUACGAAGUAGUUGGGGAGUCCGGUUGACUAUCCGGAACCCGAUUAAAAUAAUAAAGUGUUAUUUAUUUUUUAAAUUAUCGAAAAAUAACAAAAAAAAUGAUAAUUCGAACACCAAAGUGUAUAAAAGGUAUCGUCAAAAAUAACUAUUUUUUUCUUCUUGUUCGGUUAAAAAUUUGUGAUAAGGUGCAUGUAAUGUUAGUUUAAUUGUUUUUAGAUCGUGCUUCAAAAACGUGCACUAAAAAACUCAUUAAACUUACGCAAAACUCACCGGUAACAACAACUAAGGGUCCGGUAUUUAUAACUUUCUCUAGUGGAAUUUAUCUGUAGAAUAAUUUACUUCUUACCUUAAAAUAUUAAAGAAAACAGUUAUCUUCUAGAUAAAUUCCUCUGUAUAAAAAGUACCAAUGAAGAACUCCUAAAUUAGGUCACAUUUAAACGGGCUCGGGUUGUAAAUUACGUUUUUGAAGCAAGUAUUAAAUUUUAUCAAUACACUCGCCUAUAUUACAAAUACUUAUAUUUCGACGGUGAUAUAUUUUAAUCAUUCUUAUUCGGUAUAUAAAACUUAAAAAAAAUCUAUAAAUAUGUAAAAAUUGUCUAAUAAGAGAAAAAAUAUUAUAUAUGUGUAAACGAUGUGUGUACGCUUCAUUAUCUCGAAACAAAAUGUAGACUGGACAUUUUAAUUUAUUGAACAUCCAAAGAAAUUAAGAUAUCCAGCGCAAUUUAUCAAAUAUACCACAUAAGAAGAAAAAAUUUUUAUAUGUAACCUAGAUGGUUUUAUAUUUUGAUACAGUGUGUUACUGUUUCGACAACCCUUAUUUAUUUCUUAAAUUGUACAGAGUAUUUACUUUUAUUGUUUAUCUUAUUGGAAAUAGAAAAGAUUAUGGCUCGUAAUUGUUUUGAGUUUUAUUAUAAAGAGUUGUAUAUCCCCUUGUAACGAUUCUAAGAACAUUAUGAGAUCAUAACUUUGGGACACUCUGUGCAUACCAUACUAAAAUUAGCCAAUACUCUUAAAUCAAUGGUUUACGAGGUUUCCACCUUGUAUUUCAAUUGUGAUAUUAAAACAGAAACACACUGAUAUGGCUUCCUCUAAGCGUAAAAAUAGAUAUCACUGUUAAAGCUAGCCCUUUAACUAAUGUUUAUUUAUUAUAAAAUUAAAAAAAAAUAAUAAAUCAAUAUUUAGGUGCGAUGGAGGGCGUGCGUGGCUGUUGUUCAACUUGAUAGAGGUCCUCAAAUUGAAUAAACAGCGCGUCGCCGCCUCCCUACUUGUUUUAUGUAAAAUAGUUGUAAUAUUUAAAUUAUAUACGAAAAGAAAGAAAAUAAGAUCUAAGUCAUUUUUUUAGUUCUUUUUUAUUGAUACGGCCGAAAUAGUUAUUUUUGAAAAAUUUAGGUAUGGACCUAGCUAGAUUUUAUAUAAUAUACAGAUAAUUUUUCAAAUUGUAAGUUGUUGAAAUAUCAAUUAUCAAACAUCAAACGCCGUUUUCGAUUCAUUUAGUUCAGUAAGUAUCAAGGCUGUUUUGUUGUUAACUUUGCAAUUUUGUGUAAAAAAAUUGCCAAGUAAUUGGAAUGUAUACGAUUUUAUUGGUUCAUUUCAAAAAGCCCCUUUGAAAACACCACAGUUUAAUUCUCAACGUCAUCAAUCACAGGGGGCUUUUUGGAGGAAACUCGGGCAUUUUACUUGAAUAUUUUACUAUCGUGAAAUUAAAUUAUUAUAAAUUUUUUUUGUUGCAUAGUUGUUGAGAUUUCUAAAGUUUAUAUAACAGGGUAAUGACACUUGAAUUUAAUUUUAGUUGCAAUUUUUCUGUACAGUAUGUCUCGCGUAUUGUGAAAGUUCCUAAAAUGCAUGUGUAGAACAAGGAAAAUAGCUGGAGUGGAAGCUUCUUCUUUUUUAGGAGGAUUCUUGUAGAUUUUGGUGGGAACAGAGAAGCAACUUUGUCGAAAUUGCUGUGCAAAAUUGAUAUAUCGAGAUUUUUACACAUGUUUAGUGUAAUUAAACUACACAUGAUAAUAACAAUAAUUUAGUGGUGGUUAUUUGAUAUUAAGUAGAUUGCAUGGGUUUAGUAUUGGUAAUAAAAUAAGAUUUGUUCCAAGAUUGGUAUAGAAUUGUACUGUGCUACUUUUCUAGUUCGAAAAUUUAAUUCCAAACCUGUUUUGGAACAAACUUCUUGUAAAUUAUCUUACUAAUUUCGAGACAUACUGUAUAUUUUGUUUAGGGUCAUUGUUUUUUAAAAGCCUUGAUAAAUAGCAAAUCUAAAUUAAUCAUCGCAUGUAAAAUAGUUGUUAUUUUUUCUCAUUGUUUUUUUUAUUUUACAGUUUAUUUUGUAAUUAACAAAUUACUUACGAAUAAUAUUGUAGAAAAACGUUGGAACUAAGUGAAUUACUUUUUUUCAAAUCGAAGUUAUUCAUGGAAAAAAUUGUGAAAUCGAUCAAUUGUAUUACAGAUUGCAAUUCGGGCAUUCGUUUAAUCAGAAUUUGAAUUAUUCCUUUCAGUUGUUACAAUUUUAAUGUUUGUUUACACAUAAUAAAAAUACUUGCUUUCUGAAUAUAUGUUAUAUUUACCAAAAACAAA